UUCUGCAGGAAACCACUCGGGUUGUCCAUUUUGGAAUCGCCCAGCACAUAUCCCUUUAUGGAGAGAUGUAAGACAUCUGUGUCCAGCUGGGAUCCAACUCCAUGUGAUCUAUGGAGUUUCUAGGAUCCCCCAGGGGUGGCACUACACCCCCCACACGCCCCGCCGGCGCUCUGCAGAGGGACCCAACUUGAGGAAACCACUUCAUACUUCUUAGGAGACCUCAGGCAGAGAGCAGAGCAACAUCGUGGGAAGGAGCCUUCCUGGUCUGCAGGCUGCAGGCUGUCAUCCUAGCUGUGAGAUCACCAGUGAUAUAAAUAUCUCCUAGGCAGUGCCAGGGCUCAGGUUGGCUCUCUCACUAGCACUGAGCAAUGUCUACCAUCUCUACACGCACACACCAGGCUGCAGGCAUAUUGCUAAAUAGCCACUGACUGGCUGGCUGGCUGCUGCUGCAGAGCCACUGGGGCAGCAAAAUGCUUUUGGGCUAUUCCCCAUUGGAAGCAUGAGAUUAUCUUCAUUCUGUUCUAUCACAUUACUGUUCCUCUGCACAUCCAACGCCUGGGAGUCAGUGGCAGCAGCACCCAAGCUGAGGAAACCCAAGGGGCAGCUUGCCAGGGGAUCCAGUGGUAGCAGAAGUAGCAUAUCCUCCUCUCCUUCUUCUUCUUCCUCAUCAGCAGCAGCAACUUCACUGGGAGCAGAGAUCAGUGGCUCCCUGUGGAGGACAGCAGGGCGCAGGACUGGCAGCCUGUACUGCACAGUAGGCAUUGGGUUUCAUCUCCAGAUCUACCCGGAUGGCAAAGUCAAUGGCUCCCACGAAGCCAAUCAUUUAAGUAUUUUAGAAAUAUUUGCUGUGUCUCAGGGGAUUGUGGGAAUAAGAGGAGUUUUCAGCAACUUAUUUCUGGCCAUGUCAAGAAAGGGAAAACUUCAUGCAACUGCCAAAUUUACAGAUGACUGCAAGUUUAUGGAGAGGUAUCAGGAAAACAGCUACAACACCUAUGCCUCAGCUACCUACAGAACUGAAAAGAGUGGCAGGAGGUGGUAUGUGGCACUUAAUAAAAGAGGCAAAGCCAAAAAAGGAUCCAGCCCACGAGUGAAGCCUCAACACAUAUCAACACACUUCCUCCCUAGGAUCAAAUACAUAGAGCCGCCUGAACUCUCCUUCACUGUUAAAGUCCCUGAAAAGAAAAAGACACCACGUGCACCUUUUAAACCCAAACCAGUGAGGCCUCCACCUAAGAAAAACAGCAGCCCUGUUAGGUACAGACUGAAGUUCCGCUUUGGAUAAACAUGACUUGCUGUUAAUGAUGGAGAUACAUUGCUAGUGUGCUUGUACUACAGCUCAGCACAGGGGUUGUGCCCCGCCCGUCAUUGGUCUGAGAAUUUCCAUUUGUAAUUGCUAAUUGAAAGGUUGUUUUUAUGAUAACGGUGGGUAUGAGCUGACUGAGUAGGGGCAAUGCACUAAAGUUUGAUAAGGUGGUGGACCGUACAUAUAUGAUAAUUUAAGGUAAUGUAAUAUUUAUCGCAACAGUGCAAGGGAGGUUAGACUGACUAUUACAGCCCUAAUAUACAAUUCUUAGUUAAAAAUAUUGGUAAAUGCUCUAAAUACACAUUACUUUCAUAUAGCACACUUAAGAAAAGAAAAGAAAUAAAGAUUUGGUAAAAUUAUAAUUUGUUUAUCAUUAACAAAGCUGCACAAAAAAUCCAACUAGACUCAAGUAAAUAUCUCUUAUUAAAAUUAGCACAACAUAUUUGUUUAUACAGAUUUCUGCGAUGAAAGUCUCAUAAUAAUCAGGAUGAUUGAAAUAUUUAAGUCUUGUAGCAGGAUUGCUGGGAGAUGACAUUUGUUGCAAUAAGUGGUUUUUCUACUGGCAAUAAAUUUGGUAGUGAAAAGUGAGAGUGUUUGUUUCUCAUUGUGUACACAACACUAGUAUAUUCAUGAUCAGAUCAAUCAGUACACACAUUCAUCAUGAAAUAGGCACUAGUACUGUAGCAAAAGGUCACUUUGCCACUAUAGUCCCACCUAUUCCUUUAUCAGGAAUUUAUACCACAGGGGACAAGUCACAACUGACACAUUGGAGGUGAUUCAGAUCCCGUAGCUAUUGCUACAGGGAUGCGCAAAACACAGACGGC